AUGGAGUCUUUGUAUGAAGCUUAUGAAAGAUUCAAGGACCUUUUGCAAAAGUGCCCACAUCAUGGGUUAUCUGAUCAACAGAAGAUCCGUACAUUCUAUAAUGGGUUGACAAUACAAUGUGCUACUCAAGUUGAUGGAGCAGCUAGAGGUUCCUUGACAAACCAAUAUCCCGAGGAUGCUUUUGAGAUAUUGGAGGAUAUUACUUUAAAUAAUUGUAGAGCCUAUGACCGUUCAAGUUCAAAGAAGGUAGCAGGUGUACAUGAAGUUGAUCCAUUGACAUCUUUUUCAGCACAAGUGGUGUCUCAAUUUGAAGCUUUGAACAAAAAACUUGAGUCUUUAUCAGUGGAUAGACAACAGCCAGUUCAGUCGGCUCAUCAAGUUCUGAAUAUUCAUGUCUUUUGUGAUAUGUGUGGGGAAGGCCAUCCGACUCAACAAUGUCCAUUGAUCUAUCAUGAUGUGGCUAGUGCUAUCAACAACCGACAUUCGGGAAACACAAAGAAAGUUGAUGAUGGUGGAGAUCCUGAAAAAGUUUUGAAUGAAGAAUCUAGUGUGCUCUCAAAUCCUAAGGCUGAUGCAUCAACGCCAAAGAAGCAUGCAUAUCCUCCACCUCCAUUUCCUCAACGUUUGCAGAAGCAGAAGCAAGAUAAGCAAUUUCAAAAAUUUAUGGAUGUCUUCAAGAAAUUAUCAAUCAACAUUCCUUUUGCUGAAGCUUUGGAGCAAAUGCCAAGCUAUGUCAAGUUCAUGAAAGAUAUUCUGUCACGGAAAAGGAGAUUGGAAGAAUUUGAAACUGUGGCCUUAACUGAGGAGUGGAGCACUAUUUUGCAGAAAAAGCUACCACCAAAACUCAAAGAUCCUGGAAGCUUUACUAUUCCAUGCACUAUUAGAAAUCAAUAUUUUGGAAAAGCUUUGUGUGAUUUGGGGGCAAGUGUGAAUUUGAUGCCUUUGUCAAUUUUUGUGAAGUUGGGUGUUGGUGAAGUAAAGCCUACAUCAGUGCGGUUACAGUUGGCAGAUAGAUCUUUGGCAUAUCCAAGGGGUGUAGUUGAAGAUGUUCUUGUCAAAGUUGAUAAAUUCAUUUUUCCCGCGGAUUUCAUUGUUCUUGAUAUGGAAGAAGAUGCUGACAUUCCCUUACUUCUUGGUAGGCCAUUUUUAGCUACAGGGAGAACUCUUAUUGAUGUUCAGAAGGGGGAGUUGACUAUGAGAGUGCAGGAUGAAUAG